ACACGCGCCUAGUCUUGGCGUCUGCGCACAGUGGGCGGGGCUUCGUUCGUGCCGCUUGGAGACAUCCGGAAGUGUGAAACGCAGACCCGUCGCCUUGCGAAAGACCCCAACUGUGAGAGCCAUCGAGACUCUUCUCGGAGUAAGACAGAUUACUUUAGUGCGACGGAGAACCGGGCGGACGCCCGCAGAGAUGAGUCCUGCUGCACAAGCACAACAUGAGGCGCCUUCUUCUCUGGAUGCCGCUCGUGUUGUGGUUCAUCGAGGCCGUUAAGGGAGGACUGGAGGUGCCCCAGAAUGUGAGAAUACAUGCUGUGAACACUCAGUACGUCUUAAAAUGGGACUGGAGGUCACAAGGAGCCCACCGGAACGUCACCUUCACGGCAGGAUAUUUACUCAGAAAAUCUAUCAGAAAAAAAAGUGGAUUCAUUUCAGUGUGUGAGCAUAUUAUGGAAACUCACUGCGAUUUCUGCAAGAUCCCUUUCCACUACAACGGGUUGUUUUACUUCCAAGUGCGAGCAGAAAGUGGAGAUGAACAUUCAUCGUGGUCACAGAAAACGUUUGAACCUGAGGAGCACGCGGAGUUGGGCCCACCUUCUGAUGUUCACGUUGUUCCAGUAAACUACAUGCUGAAGGUGAACAUAACGGAUCCGAAGGACUGCAAUAAUGCCUCGAUGCGACAGCACUUGUCCUUUUCAUAUGUGAUAGUGUAUUGGAAGAAUGCAUCUGAUCUGAAGAAUGAAAGCAAAGUUACAAAACUUACCACGGUUGUGCUUUCCAACCUGGCACCGCAUACCACCUACUGCCUGAAGGUGCAACUCAUCAGUGACAAAUUCAACAAGACAAGUAACUUCAGUCGAGUUGCUUGCGAGAAGACAUUGGGUGACGAUGACGCUCCGAGUGGGCUAAACCCUGACCCUCAUCCUGCCCCUGCUCUUCCUGUGUGGCCCUCCUACACUCUUAUAUUUACUUUUCAAAGUGAUCAAAUACGUCUUCUUUCCAUCUCGGCAGACUCCGGUCUUUAUCAAGGAGUUUCCAAAUGGAUCGAUGCACGUCCUCAUGUUGCCCCAUGCAGAAAGUGUGCAAGUCCUGUAUUUUGAUGACAUAGGUCCCGUUCCUGAGGAAAUGACCGAACAUGCACCCUGCACACUGCCGCCAGUCCCUGUGUUGCUGCCCCAAACGCUCAGACAGAACAGCAGCGACUCUGGCGUCUACUCGAUGGAGGGGACUUCAAGUGGGCUCUCAAAUGAGAAGCUCGAGCAAACAUUUAAUGAGCCUCAUCUACUAAACAGGUCACCGCUUUAUGAGCCUGCUUGAUGAUGGCCUUUAAAGGGACGACAUCCGCUAGUCUUUGGACUCAGACGCAUGACGAUACUUUAUAGGAAAGGUCGAGUUGGACAGCGUUGGCACGUUGGGUGCAGAUGGUCAUCUGCUGUAUGUACCGGCACUGACUGUGCCCAAUGGGAGGACCAAUGCUGCCAGUGUUACUUGAUGGCCGUGAACUUGCCGUGCGUACAGAAGCGCCUACAAAGACAACAGCCUGACCUCUGGAUGUGCUCAUGGUUGUCAUUUUGAUGUUACAGUCCUCUGGUUUCUUUCAGGCAUUUUUAAAGGGGACACUUAGAGUGACUUGACAUUAAUUUAGCCUUAUUUAAUUAUUCACGGAAUUACUUCACAUCACGUCAAACAUUAACGCACAUUAACAAUCUGCUGCAGGUCCUGCCACUGUAGAAUGAGCAAACUCCACCUGGACGAUGACUGACCGCGGGUUCACAAAACUCAGAAGCAGGCCUGACAAGCGUCAGUAGGCCUUAGCCAACACAAAGGAAGCCUGCCCAACUCGAGAAGCAAGCCCAAAUCUUUGAGAUCUCAAAAUGGAACACAAGAGCCAUGAAAGCGAUGGCACAAAAGGACAAAAGCAGACGAAACGAAGUUUACUUUGAAAAAGAUUUCAUAAGAAAAAUGGCGCAUUUUGUAGGAGACCGUAUUCAAAAACAAGAGCAGAGCAACAAUAAGCUUCAAAACUUGCAAAAGAGUGGAAUAAGAAGAGAAAAACGUGAGCUAAAGCCCCGGCAAGGCUACGGAGGCAGGCAGGCAGGCGUUCACUUGUGCUGCUCACCUGCGCCCGUCCUUUGUUUCUGUCGCUCCACGAAUUGUAAGCUGCAGCCUGCCGUCCGGCGAUGUGAAACGUUGUGAAUUCACCUUCGUUUGUGUCGUCGCAGAGAGUGAGCCUGGCCUGCUUUCAUUAGUGGCGUCCCGUGUCGUGGUCGUCCCGCUUGUGGUGAUCGUUUGAGAAACACGGACUCUAAAGCGUAGACCACCUGCCUUGUGUGGUCGUGUUGUUGAGGCUUUCUGUCUACUGUUUCCCUUAAUGCCGUUUCUUGUUUCAGCGUGAUGUGACCCGUUGUCCAGUGGCCGAGUGUCCUCAUCUUGUGACGGGUGGGUGCUCUUGUCCUCAGGUGUCACUCAUGUAUUUCUCGCUCCACUUCUUGCUCACACUCACUCAAACGUUUUCUUCACGACGAGAGCCUGGUAGACGGACCGCUGCUUUCUCGUUGAGGGUCACCUGUUUGCAGCACGUGCCCAGUAAGGACCGGUGCCAUCUACAGAGGAGCUCCUCCCAUCAGAUUUCUUGUUGACUUGGCAUGGCUGUUUUAGGUGGUCACUUAGUUGGCUUUUCUGUGAUUAUUUAACACUGAGCCCCAGUCAUCCUGUGUUUUAGUGACGUCAGCGCUGGCCUGUCAUCACAUUACAUUUGUCUACCCGACACUGCACUUUGUAACUAAGAUAGCGUUGUAUCAUUUUUUUUUUUUAAUAUAAAAUAAAGAUAUAUUUUUGUAUUCUA